GUUUAAUCUGUUGAGUUCAGUCAUGGAAGGGCUUGGAUUGGGGGAGGGGUGGUAUUGUACAGAAAGGCCGUCUGAUAUUAGUUCUACCAAACACACACAUGCGAAUACACACACACACACACAGCGAAACACAAAGCUCCUUGGGCUAAAAAAGCACAAUAUACAUGCACCCACUAGCUGUUUGUGUUUCUGUCACUAGUGUGUGUGUGUGUGUGAGUGUGACUGCACAGAUGGACAAUGGUGGAGGAGACAGGUGCACGGACCAGGUGCACAGAAUGAUUUCAUAAGACUUUUUGGAGCUCAUGGAAAAACAUAAAGACACACAGCACGAAGCUAUACAGUAAUCUACACUGUGGGUUUUUUCAAACAAAGUGUUUCAGUACAAUCUGCCCUCAGCUCUCAUUAAGUCAUUUACUCCUUAAUUUCCCGCGCAGUUUAAUUACCUAAUUUCAUUUCAGGAGAAAUCACCUUUUAAAUCCAGAGCUUUUUCUUCCUCGGUGUUAAUAUUUUAAUGACUGUGAAGUUAUCUUUCAGCAUCCCUCCUUGGCUGCCUCUCCACUGAUGGGAUUUGACCUCUAGGGGGGGCUCUCUCUUUCCUAUUCGUUGGUGUUAAUUGUGGUUAAUCACAGUGUGGACCAGUAUUGAUGUUUGUGUUUGCAGCGUGUUGUGUGUACUGUACAGAGUGUGUUGACGUAACUGUGUUAUGACACAGUAUGAGUGCUGAUGGAGGGUGGGGCCAUUGAUGACCCACUGGCAGUGGACGUUGACCUUGUGUGUGUGGCGUUUGUGAGUCUUCUCUUGAAGCCGUGCUCUUACAAACACUGCCUCUGACAUUUCAUUUCAAGUGAUAGUCCAGGCGCUGUUGCAUUUGCAGCAUCCACAUCUGCACCAUUUCUUUUGAUUUGUGUGAGAGUGCAAACACAUGUGUGCUGCAGUGCUGCUAUGCCCUUCAACAGUGGAGCAGUGUGAUUGUCAGUUCCAUCAUGUCUGCCUGGACAAUAUUGGAAUCCAGUCCCAGUUUGUUUAAAAGUAGGCACAGUGCCAGGCGAUUAUUAAAUCUGUUCGUAUUCCACACAUACCCCACACUUGUGAGUCUGUUGAGUUCCAUUAUGCAAAGCCAGCUCAGACAAUCCUAAACAGGAAUCAUUCAGAGGAUAAAAUAGCAGCCGAGAAGAGAUUUUUUUUUUUUUAAUGAAGCCCAUAUCUUUUUCUUUUUGUAUGCGUUGUAAUAGGUAUCAGCUUUUACACGCCGGCUGCGUGGUGCGAUGGUGGGCAGUGUGGUUUCUCUCUCUGUGGUUUCCAGCUGCCUCGUGGCAGUUGGAGUCUGCUGGCUUCAGGCCACAGCGCCGCCGCUCUCAUAGCUUCGAUUCAGAAAACAAAUCAGGUGUUGACAAUUUUGCUCUGUGUAAACAUUUAAAAUUGGGCGAGUGAAUGUCGAGUACCUCAGUCACUGAAUUUUAAAUACAACUUGAACAGUCGGGCGAAUUCACUAUUGCUAGCGAGAGAAAAAAGUGGUAUAUUGAAUCCAUUAAGUGACAUGAAGUUGGAAAUCCACAUUGACAGAUGCAGAGACCUAUUCAAGACAAGAGAACAUGGAUCCAUCAGGCCGAGAAUUCCCACUGCUACCUCGAAGUGGAAUCCUCUCCCAAAUUGAGAAGUUCAGGUAUCGUGUGAUCUUGUUCUCAGGUGAGGGAAGGCUGAAGUUGGAGGCAGAUAAUAGAGUCAGUCAUCUAUGAGAGGCUCACAGCAGCCCCUGCGUAUAGAGAGGGCCAUUAUUAUCUUCUCAGUUAUAGUUGAGCUGAGGGGUAUUAGACUUCUCUUUGGGGUAUCUCCAGGGCAAAUCAUGGUAGAAGGAUGGACUCACAGUUAUCAUGGCAAUGCUUCUCUCUUCUCCUAAAGAGCUGGACUUAAGUUCACAACAUUUAUUUUUAAAAAAUCAGGUAUUGGUGUUGACAAAUGUUGUUGCUGGCAAACGUGCCAGCAAUGAAGAGACUAUAUUUGGUGAAUCAAGAACUGCUGCACCCCUUGUUUGGGCUUUAUGCCUCCGAUGAGUGGAUGAAAUGAAAGCAUGAAUGACAUGAAAACAACGCUUUUGACAGCAUUCAGUUGGUCUCUCACUGACCAGGCCUCAGACAUUUCGACUUUCUGACAGUGAUUUAUUUUGAGGAUCUGUAUGCCACAAUAGAAAUUGUUAAUCAUUUAUUUUGUUUUAUUUUAUUUUUUCAAUUGAAAUAUGGAACGGUAAUAUAACUAAAAUCUCAUCCGUUACUUUGUUGUAUGUUUGAAAUGCUAAUAAAAGGAGCAUGUUUUUCAACCCUUUACUCUUUUCAUUAGCACAGCAGUCUUGUAUAUAUUGCCCUUUGUGUGUGUGGUUUGUUUAUGGGGUGGUGAAUUUGCUAAAUGAAAAGAUCUAUUAGCACCUAAUGGGGUUUCACGGCCCUCCAAGUGUCUGCUGGCCUCUCACCAUGACAGUCAGUCAAAAGAAGACAAAUUCUCUCAGUGAGUUGUGUCCUUGCACGGAAAUUCAUUUUCCACUGGUCCCCCACCACCGUGCCUGUCGCUCUCUGCUGCUCCGCCACAGUUUGUGCCUGUUUGCGCUUCUGUCUUUUCAUGACUGCUCCAUCUUUAUUUCCCUUUCUCUGGCUCUAACAUUUUCAGCUACUAUGAAAUACAGUCAUGAUAGCCUCUCAAUCACUUUGGAUCCUGGGCUUCCAACUGAUUCCGGCUCAUCUAAAGGCACCGGAGAAGUAGGGGAAGGACGUGAUAUUAGAGUAAAUGGCGCACCAUAAUCUCGGAUAAAAAGCAAUAUCAACAUGGGUUGAAAUGAGCUGCUUGGCGGAGGUCUGCACUCAAUAGUUGUUGAUAGGAUAUUGGAAAAAGGUUGAAGGUUUUUGUGGACCAUAAUAUAAUCUUAAAGACAAACAGUUCAGGCAAACAUCAGAUAAAUAAUGAGUCCGAGACCAUGGUUGUCGAAUAAUAUAACAUCCUGUUGAGGUUGGAUUUGCCAUUCAUGUUCAUGAGUCAGUGAAGAACAAGUAUAGAACAAGCUCUGUUGGAAGUCUCUUGAUUUUACGGAUCGAUCUAUGUUCCAAGAUUCGGGUAGAGAUAGAAAGAACAAGUGGCCAAAUGAGUUUCCUCCACAGGGGAGCUGACCUUUGGCCAGAGUGAAGACAUGCUGGAUCUCUCUAGGUUGACCUUGGAAUGCAUGGGUAUUCCACCCUAACAGGUGGAGGAGGGUUCUGGGGACUCUGGGUCUGCACCUUGUCUGCUUGUGUCAUGACCUGACCACGUUUUGUUCCCCCACAUAUCCUAAAAGUACUCAGCGACUAUUUUCUCUUCCAUCAAGUCGAGUACUCAGCAUUAGCUUCGAGUACAGCAUGUCCCCAACAUUGUUGCCCUGAUCACAUCCUUAAAAGUGACCUGAGUCUUCAGCCUGCAAAGCUUCAUUUUAGAAGUUCUCAAAGAGCUUGAGACAAGCUGUCAGAAAUUCCAAACUCUUCCGAUUUGUCCUCAUUUGAGACCAGACCGGGAGAUUCCACUUGACGUGUGCCUUGGUCACCCUGCUGGUUUGGUCUUAUCUCGGGUCAUAAUAGUCACUGGGGCUUUCCACACUCAGUCUGUUGAAUGUUCAAGUACUGCUAAGAUGUAUAAUGAGUCAGACACAGCGGUGAACAACUGUCAUCAUCACCAAAACACUGGAUCAUAACUGGGAAAAGCAGCAUUUGUCACAGGUGGGCCUCUGAGAAGAUGCUGCAACAUAAGAAUUGACUUUUAUCCAUUUGAUUUAAAAAACAAAAAGGAUUACAUUUAUCGCCUUUUAUAAACAUACUAAAUGAGAGUUGUCUGAAUUUAUCAGCAUUCUUUGAAAACUCAUCUUACUAAAACAUUACAAUAUGUAUUUUUCUAUUAAUACAGCCCUUUAACCUGCAUUUAUUGCAUAAGUUUUAUCCUUUUCUAUUGCAUUUACCUGCCCCAUUUUGCCAAGUGAAAGGUUUAUAUGCCUCUGACAUUUAUAUUUCCUGCUGUCUCACAAUGCACUGCAACAGUUAGAUUAGAUUAGAUGUCCUUUAUUUGUCUCACAGUGGGGAAAUGUUGAAGCUCUGACAAAAGCCAUACGGUUUGUGUAAUCUGAUAAAACCUGUACAUAUGUACUUGUGUUUUAGAUUUACAAAUGUUUCACUGGUCAAUCUUACUAUGAUUCAUUGUAAUUACUUUUUUUCUGUGCGUGGAUGAAGCAGCGCGACCCUUGCGCUGUGAUUCACAUGGAGUGAUAAGGGCCAAUGAGUCAUGUAAUUGAAAAGGUUGAUGCGAGUCAUGCUACAGUACACAGUAUACUGCAAUACAGUGUUUUGAACUGCAACAUGGAAUAAAAAAAUAUUAUGAUAUGUAUUUUUUUAUUUUACGAGAUGCCUUUUUCCCCACUAUAUCUGACUGGCUGCAUCCGUCCUGCUCUUGUGUCCGCCGUAGCUCAUUCUGGUUAUCAUUUACGCUUCCAGCGCACUGAAAGCGAGUGGGAGAAACGUCAUGUGCCGUGUAGCAACUGACAGGUGGCUAAUGCUACAGUCACUCCGUGAUUCCUGGAGAAAGUUGCCAAAAACACCAACAAAGUCUAAACAGGGUGCUCCCCAGAAUUUUCUGAAACUGUGGUGGGGUCCCCCCCACUUACCCUCUGACAUAGUCCUGAAGGUUUUAUAGCCAAUCCAGUAAGAGAGUUUUGACUUUUUUGAAGUGAUGGCAAUUAAAACAUUAUUUUUAAACCAUGAAUCGGAAAACUCACUCCAGCCGGCAACAACGAUUUGCUCCUUCAGAUGUCUGAUAUGGAACCUUUUGAGCGUUGUUGCUGCUUUGUUGGAGAAUUUUUCUCGACUAAAUGUGAUCUCACCCCUUCGACCACAGUAUUCACAUGCAAUAUUUUGACAUAGUCUUCAUCAUCAUGAGCUGGAUUCAGAAUACCUGAACCUCUCUGUUGGGGGGGGGGCAUGCCCAGUUGUAAACAGGGUGCAUAGCUGUCAUUGACCAGAAAUUUUCUACGAUAAAUUCAUGGUGAACAAUUAAUUGUCCAGCCCUAGUCACCACCCUUGUCCAGUUUGGAUGAAGCUAAACCUUCCAACGGUUUCUUUAGUGCUCAGCAUCGACACACAAUGCAAAGCGCUGUCUUGCUCUAUUGCGACUGUGGUUUGGCUACUUUAACUCAAAUGAAUUACCUGGCUGCAUCUUUACUUCUUGAUAUGCUAUCCAUGUUGAGACAAAAAGUUGCAAAAAGUCACUCAAAAAGACAAUCACAAAACUUUAUGAUAAGGUGGGAAAAAAAGCAGAAAUGGAAGGCUGUCAUGCCUCUGCAGUGGUCUGCUCUACGUCACCUCCAACAUGACCUUCUUCAUUGGCACAUGUGCGAAGUAGAACCAAGACUUUGGGUUGGAUUUUUUUUGGAAGAGCCCAUGCUUCUAUGAACUUUUGUCAUGCUACCUUCUUUAACACAUCUAACUCUGGGGAUUAACAUCAGUGCCGGACUCUUCAGAAGAGGCAACCUGUCGUGGGGCUUGAAACAAAUUCACAGGCAAUCUGGAGGUGCAGUCAUCAAGAACAGCCUCGGUGAGGAGUUCUACAAGGAGGCCAUUGAACACUGCCGCAGCUACAAUGCCCGUCUGUGUGCGGAGCGAUCCAUGCGACUCCCCUUCCUGGACUCCCAGACUGGUGUGGCUCAGAGCAACUGCUACAUCUGGAUGGAGAAGAACCACCGUGGCCCAGGUCACGCUCCGGGUCAGUUGUACACAUAUCCCGCUCGCUGCUGGCGUAAGAAAAGACGGCUAAACAUCCUGGAGGACCCUCGUCUUGUCCCCAUUGAAUUCAAGAUUGACUAUGAAGCCUCCCUGAAAAAAGAAGGUGGUAUUCCAGACGGUCCCGUGUUGGAGUCUCUGCUCGCCGGUGAAACCCUGGACAAGAAGGUAGAAACCAAGGAAGAAGAGCCAAUGAGCGAGUGUCAGAAAUUGCUGGUUGGUGAUUUUCCUCAUGAGCUGGAAGUAGAAGAGAUGGAAGAAGAUGUCCCAAAACGCAAGAACCGUACCAAAGCACGGGCCUAUGGGGUAGGAGGAAUGAGAAAGCGACAAGAGCCUCCCACCAUAGAGGACAGAGACAAGCCUUACGUGUGCGACAUCUGUGGCAAGCGCUAUAAGAACCGUCCCGGACUGAGUUAUCAUUACACUCACACACACCUGGCGGAUGAAGAGGGUGAGGAAGACUCGGAGAGACACACACUACCCUUCCAGCGCAAGAACAACCACAAGCCCAAGAAAGCACCAGACGGCUCAGUGAUCGCCAACGGCUACUGUGAUUUCUGCCUGGGAGGCUCCAAGAAGACCGGAUGUCCAGAAGAUCUCAUCUCCUGUGCGGACUGUGGACGCUCAGGCCACCCCUCCUGUCUGCAAUUCACAGUAAACAUGACGGCGGCGGUGAGGACUUAUCGCUGGCAGUGCAUCGAAUGCAAGUCCUGCAGCCUGUGCGGCACCUCUGAGAACGACGACCAGCUGUUGUUCUGUGACGACUGUGACCGGGGCUACCACAUGUACUGCCUGAACCCGCCCAUGUCUGAACCUCCGGAGGGGAGCUGGAGUUGUCAUCUGUGUCUGAGACAGCUGAAGGAGAAGGCCUCUGCCUACAUCACCCUGAUUUAACCUGCUGAGCUGCUCUCACGGUACCUCAAACUUCAUCGCCCCCCCCUCCUCGACCCCUCCGACGACCUUCGACCUGAGCUGAGCACACGUUAAACACCACCCCAAAACCCAUACCCGGCCUCCCACAUUUCUUCAGAUCCCGUCCUGCUGUCCUUCUUCGGCCCUGUCCUUUACCACUGCACACGCGCUGUCGCUCGCUGGCUCUACAGGAGAUCAGCAGUCGACAGUGAUGGUGUAAGCAAGACACACACUUCAGCAAGGGCACUUCAGGGGCGCAGUACUCUAUGGGAGCCCACUUAAGGGUCCUCAGACGAGGCCCUAAUGAUCUUCAGCUGCAACUCAGUGGAGAACUGAAUGAGAAUAAAUGAAGCAGACUGAAGAUCUGGUUGAUUGCAUGGACGGCGACGACGCGGCAGAAUCGCACCUCCUCGCGCUGCAGAGCUGAGACGCUGAACUUGUCAUUUGCCCACAGCAGCUUUGAAAAGACGUUGCUUGUACAAUUUCUGACGGAUCACCAUGUACUGGCUGGAAAAAGCUACUCCAAUCUAGUGGGUGACUCCCAACGUCCACCUCAACAUGUCUUCUCUCCUUGCAUGGGCUUUCCAUCAAUAACAGUUUGGAAUUGAUGAGGAGAAAGUUCUCUCAUGAUCAAAGUGAGUCUAACUUGAUGUAUCUAAGAUUUAAAAAAAUAAAAAAUUCUCAGCGUCCCCGCCCCUUCUCCAAAACAAUGACUGUGAAGCCAAUGCAGGUCUGUUACGCUCCUGGUGCUGGUGUGUGUAGUUUGUGUGUGAAGAAUGUAGGAGUGCUGUGAGAAGAAUGCAGAUGUGUGUUUUGGCCGGUGACUAGGCCCAAAACCUUCUUUUUUUAUACGCCAACAUUUGAUUUUUUUCACGUGCAUAUUCACUUGCUUUAAAUACCUUUAAUUGAUAUUGAAAAAAAGCACACUUAAUUCGCAAUAAUGUGUUGGUGGGGUGACAUUAAGACUACGUUCGAUGCUCCUUGUGUGGUUGUAUGAACGUUGUGUUACUGAAGAAUACUUGUGUUGGGAUGGACAGGUCAGACGGGAGGUUUAGGUGAAGAUAACAUUACGCCUAUAUUGGAACAGCAAAUGUCAAAGCCAAUGAUAUCAACCUCAAACAAUUUCAACAUUAAAGUCUUUAUUAUUAAACUUACUGCUGCUCAAUAUGCUACAUCUUAUUAUAAAUCAUACAUUGACAUGGUCAAACCUGAAAAAUUACAAUUACAAAAAAGCUUUCAAUAUUUCACAACUCUUUUUAUAUAAAGGACACAAUGUUGUACUUUCAAUUCUGGAGCUGCAGACGCUGCAUACUGUGUACACAGUGUUAGCAUGAAGCUAAUCUAGAGAGUGUGCGCUUUAAUUCAAAUUUGCGAUUAUAAUAAAUAAAAACUGAUAUUGUCAUGGACAGAUUUAAAUCUCUGAUACUUUGCUUUAAAAUGCGUCCAAAUCGUGUGUUUACACACCGCUCUAACAUGAAUGACUUCACUAUUUGCUGAACCAAAACGUUUUUAGCAUGUUUUCUAAAACACAAAGUCCCUCAUAUAUAAUGUUUACUAGCACUCUUGAAUGACAAAGAUACGUCCACUGUGAUUCAGACAAAUCUGAUUGGACUGGGUGCCAAAGUGUAAAUUGUGUUAGACGGAACUCUUGCUGGUUGUGUUGACAGGAAUGUAGCAGCUUUCAACGUUUCCCCUGUUGUGUUAGCAGAUUUUCAGUUAUAAAAAAAAUGCUUUUUCAAGUUUUGUAAGGAUCUGCUACGAGGAAUGUAGCACUUAUUUUUCAAAAAUGAAACCUAAAAGGUGAUGUUAAGUGUUAAAAUGACUACGCUAUUGUGAUUUAGCAUAAUAUGGGAUGCAAUACCGAACUGUGCUCCCUAUGUUUACACUUUCAUCUCAGUUCAAUUUGGCUCAAAUCUAAAUCUUCUUGAAAAUCCCCAAACACUUCAAAUUAUCAACAUUUUUUUAAAAUUUUCCUGUGAAGCUUCUGUGCAGCAAACCUUAAUUUAUAUAUUUAUCCAGCAAAAAACAAACAAGCAAAAAACAGGGAGACGUUUUCGUUGGACGGAUGAACCAGCAUGUGCUUUGUGAACUUGCACUGACUGUAUGUUGUUCUUUUUAACCCAAAGGCCUAGGAUUUCAUUUCCCUGGCGUUGACACCCUGCACAUGUGAACAAAAAGAUGCAGUAACAUUUGAGCUUUAAUCAUAAAAUGUGGCUGAAAAAGUUGAAAUCCAAGCGCAUCGUUUUGAAGUUUCUGUUUCCUUCCGGUUCGAAUGAUGGACACAGUAAAUGCUGCAUCGUGUUUGUGGGGAAUAUUUGCACGAUCAGAUGGCUUGUGAGAAUGUACCUGACGUUAGUUCACUGAAGCAUGAAUGACACCCGAGACAAGUUUUGUAAUUUCAGUGUUUGUGCCGUUGCUUUAAAAAGCUUUGGGUAUUUGUUUUGAAUUGCAUUGUCGUCCGAUUUUGCACAGAGUCAGGGUGAGAGCAGUUUGCGCUGCUGUGCGGUGAAAACAAAAGCCAACACUCAUUCUUCUGUGAGCACCCUGAUUUAGGAUUGUAAAUUUGAAGUCGGCCCGGCAACACCACACUCAUAACCCCGGUUGUGCCAGACAUGUUGAUUUAUUAGUUGUCACAACAUUCCAAUCGGAGCUAGAGGUCGUUUUAAGGGGUGUUUAAAUGGCGAUGCGUAAAGCAGAAAUGUGUGUAUUUGGAGCAGAAGUGAAAAGCCUUGACCUUAGGACUUCGCUGGCGCAUGGUGGAGUCAGUGAUGAUUGUACUAUCAUGGGGAGGGAGCCUCGCUAUCAAGGGUGUUUUCAUGACGGACACGAGCCGCGGUCAGCAGCCUUGACUUGCCCACUCAGUCCAGGGGCUUUAAAGGACUUUUAUCAGCCUCUGUUGUAUAUUGUCAUUUUAUCUUGCUUGCACUUUUUAAAAAAAUGAUUUCCCGAAGAUGCGUGCGAGCGUGUGACGCCACUUUUUUUUUUUUCCUUCCCAAUGAUUUAAAAUGUGAUUGUCUCUUGUCAAUAACACUGGAUAAAGAUGGUUUAUUGUUUGUAUUUUUUACCUUGUAAUGAAGAUGAGAUCUUCUUGGAAUUUUUCUAACCCUCCUUUUGUGUUUUUAUCCGCCCUCCACCUUCUUCCUUUGAAACGUGGACUGUCAUCACUUCUGUCAGUCAUUCUGUGAAUCCAUGCUGCUCCUUCAAUUUGUCCACUUGCUUUCCUCUCUUCCCUUGACUUAGUUUUUUCCAUUAAA